GGUGAUGGUGGCGGGGAGGGCGGUUUAUUCCACACCGUUGGGGCUUGGUACAGAGAGUGGCGAGAGGUCUUGCUGGCAGCGGGCUGGUGUGACGCUUCGCAUGUGAGUGUCAGAGGGACGGCUGCUGGAGCUGCUCAUACAGGAGCUGCAGGGGGGUCGGCCACGGUCACCUACACAGGAUUCAGAGCAAGACGACCAACUCAGGGAGAACAACAACGGGAAGAAGAAGAAGAGGAAGAAGGAGAAGAAGAAGAAGAAGCGAGGACUGAGAGGGAGCAGGAGCCUGGUGCUGAGGCUGAGAAGAAAGCUGUCGAGCUGCCUGGGUGUGACUGAACACCCUCUAGUGGAUCUGCUGACCAGCUGUCCUGCAGAGCUUCUGUCUGUUUCUAACCAUCAGCAUUUCAAGAGGUCUAUGGUCCAGCGCUGAGCAGAGACCAUGUGGUGUUUGGAGCUGCUCUUACCACUGCUGUUGAUCAUCAAUGAUGCCAGUUGCCAGUGGAACGUUUGGGUCCCUCGGGACAUCUCGGCCAUGACGAACUCCUGUGUGGUCAUCCCGUGCACCUUCAUGUAUCCGUCCGGCAUCAGGCCGUACCGCGGCGUUCACGGUAUCUGGUACUUUGGCCAGCCGUACCCUCAGCUCUUCCCUCCCGUCGUCUUCAAAACACGCACAGACAUCGUGCACGAGAGCUACAAGGGCCGCACCAAGCUGCUGGGCGACCUGCACCAGAGGAACUGCACUCUGCUCAUCAACAACAUCGGCGCUGAGCACUCAGGGAGAUACUACUUUCGUGCUGAUCUCGGUGGAGCCAACAUGUAUACCUUCCCGGACUUCUCUGAGCUCAAGGUUCUGGAUCAACCCAACAUCGAUGUCCCAGAGGAGAUCGUCAGCGACGAGAGUCUGGAGCUGACAUGCUACGCUCCGGACAACUGCCCCGACAUGACUCCAGAGAUCCAGUGGAUGUACACCGACUACCUGCCCGACCCGGAGUUCAGCUCUGACUACCUGGAGGAGAGCAACACGGCGGUUCUCUCCAGCACCCUCACCUUCACACCCAGACCCAUGCACAACGGGCAGCUCCUGGGCUGCAGGGUCUACUAUCCCAACACCACCCUGGUCUAUGAGAGGCUCAUCUCUCUAGACAUCAAGUAUGCCCCACGCUCCGUUUGGGUGAACGUGUCCUCAGAGGUGAUGGAGGGCAGCUCUGUGAUGCUGCACUGCGAGGUGGACAGUAACCCUCCUCCCAGGAUCUUCUGGAUGUUCGGCGACCAGGAGCUUGUGUGGGACACGGCGUCCAACAUCUCCCUCCCUCUGGACGAUGUGACGCCUGAGCAGGAGGGGAUCUACACCUGCGUCGGGGAAAACAGCUACGGCGUCAUGAACACCUCGCUGUACCUUGCUGUCAAGUACCCUCCCCGUGAGCCCGUGGUGAACGACUCCAUGACGGUACAAGAGGGAACCUCGCUGGCCCUGCACUGUAGCACCCAGGGCAGCCCGGCCCCGACCCUCACCUGGCUGAAGGACGGGGAGCUGGUGGGCACCAUCACCGCUGACGAGCUGUCAGUGCUGGAGAUCCUGGAGAUCACACCGCAGGGAGACGGGCAGUACCGCUGCCUGGCUGAGAACGAGCACGGAAGAGCCAGCAGCUCCCUGAACAUCACUGUCGAGUAUGCCCCGGUCUUUCUGGAGGAGUCCAAGUGCACGGUGGUGAGGGAGGGCGUCCAGUGUGUCUGCAUGGCCACAGGAAACCCUGAACCCACCAUCGAGUUCUACCUGCCCGACCUGAACGUCACCAUCAACGAAACGGACGGGCGGUACAACUUCUACACGCACACAGACGGACACACCUCCACCGGUAUGAUCAAGCUCAGGGAGAAAGGCGAGCGGAUCGACAACGGCCCUGCUGUCAACGUUCACUGCAGCAUGUACAACAUGUACGGAAGAGAAAGCGUACACCUGGAGCUACAGCAGGAGAAAAAGUACAUGAUGGCAGUCAUAGUCGGCACCAUUGGAGGAGUGGCGGUCAUAGCCUUCAUCAUCGCAGCAGUGAGAUACGUUGGCCACAACAACAAGAAAGAGAAUGGCAACCCUAGGCAGGACGUGGUCCUGGAGAACCCAGCUUUGUACUACAGCGCAGUCAAGAAGGACAAACAAAAUCUGAGGAAGAAAGUGCUUAAGACAGAGCUGUUGGGCUCAAAGUUUAACUCCAUUCUAGAGGAGACUACGGGAGAAGACGGGGAUUAUCAACCUGUGGGCUCUAUGGCAGGACUGGAGAGGCAAGAGCUGAAUUACGCUGCUCUGGAGUUUAUCGGGGCCAGGCCCAGGGAGGGGGCCUCAGGGAGGGGGGAUGACGGCAGCAACUACACGGAAAUCAAAGCCAAAUGAAUCGCGAUCCUUCCCUGAUCCCUCGGCUAUGCGAGACGCAGUGGCGACCCCAUCACAUCUCCUGCCCCAUAAACUGUGUAAUAACCCGCCUCCCUCUACUGGAUUACACCCUGCAUAUGAUGACUCCUUGUCACUCAUUUCCUCAACAUUUGUCACAUAUAAUGUACCGCUCCAUGCCAGUACUCCCCCCCUCACGGUGGCCCUCCUCCAUGGGACGCCCCUUCACACGCCUUCAUUUGGGAAAACUGGUACUUUUCUGGGUCGGAGCAUGACCCACUGGACAAUGUCAAAGAAAUUAUUUGAAUUUCUCGCCUCAGUUGUAGUAUGUGGGCUCUAAAACAUGCAGUGUUAACCAGCGACCCAUGUUUUUGUUGCUUUCAUUGUGGUUUGACACAGUUUGCUUGUCAUCUGCUCUACAUCUGACUCCUGUAACCGUCACUGUGUCUGCUGCCAGUCGAAGCAUCAGGGCAAGGAGUAACUGCGCUUUCUGUUCUCCUUUAUUUAUGUGUGUCUGUCAGAGGAGAGCAAACCUCUCCUCUCUUUCUCUUUGGUUAAUUACUUCCCAAGAAUAUCCCCUUUCGACCAAAGUGGAUUGAGUGCUGGUUCUGGGCUGGUUCAACCCUGAAAAACUUUUAAGAACUGGUUUGCCUGGUUUGCCCUCCACGGGCAUGAAAGCCGCUGUUCAGACGCUGUGUACAUCUCCAAUUUCCCAUCAUUUCUAGGAAAAUCUCUGGCAGACAACAUCGACUGUUGCUCCUGGCUUUGCAUGGCUUUAUUGGCAUCCAAACAUUACAGGUCCUCGGAACACUGCUGCUUCGAUUCGGUGUCCAAUUUUUUUGGUUUGUUCCCCUGUAGAUGAAUCAGAACAUGCUACAAUAGAUCUGGAUUCUGAAAAUGGCAGUCGUAAGUGGUUUUAGUGGGUCCUUGGUCUCGACUAACUCUGCCCUCAGCUUCUGACCUAAGUGGGUCAAAUUGUUGAUGCCACUCUGGCAUCUUCCAGAGUAGGCACUGGUUCUGAACCAGCACCUGAACCUCCUCGGUCGAAAAGGGGUAAAAGAUAACCCACUGAGGCUGAGAGAUGUAAACGCCUCCCAGCAUCUCAUUUCCACAUAAUUGUUUUUAAUGUGUGAUGCCACUCGGUGGCCCCUCUUAAUAAAUGAACACAACAGUCACCAUCAUUUUUGAUAAUAAGAGGUUUUGUAAAUUCAACACUGUCCAGUCACAGCUUCUCUUCAGCAUUUUCCAACUAGAACGUGUUGAGAUCUUUCUCGGGGGAGCUUCCUGCACUGUGGUCGACGUGAAAUGUCCGUCUCAUCUCCGACGUCUUCUCCCUUUAGUGUGGCUUCCUGCUCUCUGACUGUUCUGGAAAAAAUACAGACCUAAAGCACAACAUAUUUGCGAGCGAGCGGCCAAAGUGUUAUCUCUUUUCGACAAUGUGUGUGUGUGUGUAUGCAUGUGUGUGUGCGUGAGUGUGUGUUCAAAUCGUGCUGAAAGAUCAUAGGACACUGAUCACUGAAGUCUUUGGGAAGUUCGAGCAUCGCUUCACUUUUGAUGCUUUGUUCUCACUGUGUUGCAUCAGAUGUUUGAAUGAGAAAAAAAGUGAUGCUGACCUGCCAGUUGGUUGUGCUAUUCAAAGACAUUUGAUGAACCUGUGAUGUAAUAUCAAAGCACACUAACAGUCUAACUUGAUAAUGAUGGUGUCAAUAAUAUUUAUUAAUUAAGAUGUAUAUUGAUGGGGAAAGGGAUUCCAUUAUGUACAGUAAAUACCCUGCAUGACUGUUUUGCCAGCAGGCUCACGUAGAAGCGUUAAAUUAUGGAUAAAAGCCAGUGUGAGAAGUGAAAAACAGUCUUUUCACACAUCUUUCAAAUGUUUUUGGCUGAACACUGUCUUAAUAUGAGCUUAAUAACGAAAGCGUACACUAGUCAAAGUCACAUCAGAGGCUGCGUUUACAUGCAGGGAGAAACAUUUUUGCGGCUGAUUGAAAGCUUAACACCUGAGACCUCUUAUGAAUAAAUAAGAGCAGCGGAGGCCGAGAUGCGUUCAAAAAAAUGGUUAGCCUAAAACGGUGACGUAAAGUAUUUAGAUUUUUUAUUUAAUUUGAUUUCACAAGUUGAAUUCAAACCUUUAAUGUAAAGUUUUUCUACCAGGAUGAGUCAACGUGAAUGUAUUAAAUAACUUCUGUCUUGAUUAAAUUAAAUGACAUUACAUCAGGGGUUUCCAACCCCUGGACUGUGGACCAGUACCGGGUCUAGCAGCAUUCAGCACUGGUCCAUGAAAAACACAAGAGGACGUAAACUAACAAAACCUUGAUGAAAUAUCAGACUUGACAGUGUUUCUGCAGAAUUGUAGCAAGAGGACAUUAUCCAACAGUUUUCACAGGCGGGGCACAGGUUAUCAGAGUUCCUCUUUUAUACAGAGGACAUCAAUCCGCCCAUGAAAACACAUCUGUGCAUCUGUCCACAUCAUUGUACACCUCAAGUUUCCUCUGCAAGAAAUGAUAUCUAAAAUACUAAGAGUAACGGCUACAGUGUUAAACGAGAAAUAUGCAACUAGUCUACUGUCUUCUCCUAAUCAUACACUGUUACACUCUGCUGAUGCUGAUAGACCUCUCAAGCAGAAAGAGAUGUGGGACGAUCUCUUCUUGUCAUAUGACAAAUGUAUGUUAUGAAACAAAUUCACAAUGCAGCAGCCUUGUGUGAAGUGACAGAUUAAGUUCAUCAGGAGCGGCUUGUCUCUGUGUGCACAGGAUACAGCAAAGUCCUCUGACUGCUAACUGCUAACUCCACGUGUGAGUGGAUUGAUCACUGGAAGUGAUAUAAAAACAACAAAAUGACACUAUGAGGAGGACUUCAGUUUACAUUAACCCAAAUAAAUCUCUCUCCGCCAAAAACUGCAGUUAAAUAAAUCAUGCUGAUGACGCCUCAGGCUGCCUCUCACACAGGGGGGAAAAAAAUGAUGAAGAUAAGGUGUGUAUGUUUUUUUCCUGACAUCGAAACACACCCAUGAGGCUGUGAUAUGAGGAAGUACAGUCUUGCUCAAGAAAUGCUCACCGAUUGUGGUGUCGAUAUAUUACAAGGUCAUGUUUUGUUGUGGCAUGUUUCCCGUUCAGAUAGAGCCCCUUUGCCUUAUCUUGCCUUAUAUUAUGUCUCAAGUAUGAAGAUUAAACAUGUAGAGUGCAGAUAAAAGAGCACACUUUAAAUUAUGUAUUGGUGCAGAAUACAAAAUAGCUUGAUAUCAGGGGUUUUGAGUGUUAUUUACACGCUCUAAGCCAAAAGAAAUUCAAAAAUGUAGUUCUCUGUGCGUGUAAACCAGCUAUUCUUACUCACAUUAUCCUUUUAUUAAGACAUUGUUCAGUCAACGUAAUGAUGGAGGGUUCCUGAUAUGCUGGCUAGCAUUCAUAAAUUGCCUGUAUGCUCAAAGUCAAUAACCAGUUCAUGUCUUUGAACGCCUCAUCGGGUGGGUUUAUUUUUUAUUUACAUUUUUUUUUUUUUAAGUAGAAAUAUCAAAUAUGUCUUACCUAAUAUUUUGUCACGGUGUGUUGUAAAGCAAAAUGUGUAUGUCCUAUACUUUGUGGUGAUCAUAAUUAUCAUGAUGGAGAUUUUUUGUUUUCUACAUAUAUGAUUGACACAAUAAUUCAGAUCAGGGUUUUGCAAUCUCUCUGCAAAUUAGCACUGUUACUUAAUGAAAGCAGGAUUUUCUGAAUUGAUGUCGUUUGCUUGCUCUUUUUAUUUUAAACAAGUCUUUCAUGCCUCAAGCGAAUUCAUCUGUCUUCAGUUCCACGCAAACAUAAAUAAAAUAAAAAACAACACAAAAUGCAAACAGGUGAUUAUUGAUAGAAAACUAUCUGUCUGUUUGUCAUGCUGUCUCGUCUUUGUUGGGAGAAGCAACAUCGCCAUGAUGAAACAGUG